CACGCACACGCACACACACACACACACACACACACACACACACACACACACACACACACACACACAGAGAUAAUGCCUUGUGCAUACAUGAUGACUUCAGUCAGCUUGAGCUUGCUGCUGUCGUGUGUGCUGAGACGCUCUGCAGUGCAGCCUUCUCGUCUGUUUGGUGGAUAGAGAGAGGGACCUGACUGCAAGCUGAAGGCUCUGGUCCUUCUCCCCUGUCGACAGCCACCCCCCUUAUCCCGUGCCCACGACCAGCUGGGAAAACAAUGAUCAAUAAUCUAAAUGAAUGUGAUGACGGAGAUGGUGGUCCAAACCAGGGAGAUGCAAACCCCAAGGAGAGCAGUCCCUUCAUUAACAGCACCGAGGUUGAGAAAGGAAAAGAGUACGAUGGAAAAAACAUGGCUCUGUUUGAGGAAGAAAUGGACACCAGCCCCAUGGUAUCAUCUCUUCUCAGCGGACUAGCCAACUACACCAACCUUCCCCAAGGGGUCAAGGAGCACGAAGAGGCUGAAAAUAAUGAGGGGGCGAGGAAGAAGCAAGUCAAGGCGACACGAAUGGGUACAAUCAUGGGAGUCUUCUUCCCCUGCCUGCAGAAUAUCUUCGGAGUCAUACUGUUCUUACGCCUGACAUGGGUCGUGGGCGUUGGUGGAAUCAUGGAAUCUUUCUUCAUUGUCCUCUUGUGCUGCUCCUGUACCAUGCUGACAGCGAUCUCGAUGAGUGCCAUCGCUACCAAUGGUGUUGUGCCAGCUGGUGGUUCCUAUUACAUGAUCUCCCGCUCACUGGGUCCUGAAUUCGGGGGUGCAGUGGGACUCUGCUUCUACCUGGGAACAACAUUUGCUGGCGCCAUGUAUAUCCUGGGCACCAUUGAAAUCCUGCUGACGUACAUAUUCCCCAGUAUGGCAAUUUUCAAAGCCGAGGAAGCCAGUGAGGAAGCAGCAGCCAUGUUGAAUAACAUGCGUGUGUAUGGAACAUGUGUCCUCACCUGCAUGGCUCUGGUAGUCUUUGUAGGAGUCAAAUACGUCAACAAGUUUGCUCUGGUAUUCCUGGCAUGUGUCAUCCUAUCUAUUCUUUCCAUAUAUGCUGGAGUUAUCAAAUCUGCAUUUGACCCACCAAACUUCCCUGUCUGUAUUCUAGGGAACAGGACACUGUCACAGAAAAAUUUUGACAUCUGUGCCAAAGUGAUCACUGUGGCCAAUGAGACUGUGACCACCAAACUUUGGCAGCUGUUCUGCACAUCUGGUUUCCUCAAUGCCACAUGCGAUGAAUACUUUGAGAAAAACAACGUCACUGAGCUGCAAGGGAUCCCAGGAGUCGCCAGUGGACUUAUCACAGAAAAUCUGUGGGCGAAUUAUCUAAAGAAAGGUGUGAUUGUGGAGCACAGCAGGCUACCAGCUGUCGCCACCACUUCAUCAUCCCAGAAAGUUGAUUUGGAUCAACCUUACGUGUUUGCUGACAUGAGGUCGUAUUUCACCCUGCUGGUUGGUAUCUACUUCCCUUCAGUAACAGGAAUCAUGGCUGGUUCAAACCGGUCUGGAGAUCUCAGAGACGCCCAGAAGUCCAUUCCAAUUGGUACAAUCAUGGCGAUUGCAACGACUUCUGCAGUCUAUGUAUCCAGUAUUAUUCUCUUUGGCGCAUGUAUUGAAGGUGUGGUGCUCCGAGACAAAUUUGGAGAGGCCGUGGACGGGAAUCUUGUAAUUGGAACGUUGUCCUGGCCAAAUCCUUGGGUCAUUGUGAUUGGCUCAUUCUUCUCUACGUGUGGCGCUGGUCUUCAGAGCCUGACAGGUGCCCCUCGCCUCUUGCAGGCCAUUUCUCGCGAUGGGAUUGUACCCUUCCUCAGGGUUUUUGGCCACGGGAAAGCAAACGGUGAGCCCACCUGGGCCCUGCUCCUGACGGCAUGCAUCUGUGAAACCGGAAUUCUCAUCGCCUCUCUGGAUGAAGUGGCUCCCAUCCUUUCCAUGUUCUUCCUGAUGUGCUACAUGUUUGUGAACCUGGCCUGCGCUCUGCAAACUCUGCUCCGAACUCCAAACUGGAGACCCCGAUUCAAAUAUUACCACUGGGCUAUGUCAUUCCUGGGAAUGAGCCUGUGUCUGGCCCUGAUGUUUAUAUGCUCUUGGUACUAUGCCAUAGUGGCCAUGGUAAUUGCUGGACUUAUCUACAAAUACAUUGAGUUCAACGGAGCUGAGAAAGAAUGGGGUGAUGGAAUCCGCGGCUUGUCACUCAGUGCAGCCCGUUAUGCUCUGCUCAGGCUUGAAGAAGGUCCCCCGCACACCAAGAACUGGAGGCCCCAGCUUCUUGUGCUGGUAAAGGUUGACCAGGACCAGAAUGUCAAACACCCACAACUUCUGACGUUCACCUGCCAGCUGAAGGCUGGGAAAGGCCUCACCAUUGUGGGCUCCGUGCUGGAGGGCAGCUUCCUGGAAAAUCACACCCAAGCCCAACGCGCUGAGGAGUCGAUUAAACGUCUGAUGGAAGUGGAGAAGGUGAAGGGCUUCUGUCAGGCGGUGGUAUCGUCCAACCUGCGCGAUGGCAUGUCCCACCUCAUCCAGUCAUGCGGGCUGGGGGGAAUGCAGCACAACACGGUCCUGAUGGGGUGGCCGAGAGCCUGGAGGCAAUCCGACGAUCCCAGAACAUGGAAAAAUAUCAUUGAAGUGGUUCGAGAAACAACCGCUGGUCGUCUGGCCCUUCUGGUUGCUAAGAACGUUGCAGCCUUCCCGUCCAAUCAGGAGAGGUACGCUGAGGGUUACAUUGAUGUCUGGUGGAUAGUCCACGACGGGGGAAUGCUCAUGCUGCUUCCUUUCCUCCUCCGACAGCACAAGGUGUGGAAGAAGUGCAAGAUGCGCAUUUUUACAGUGGCCCAAAUGGAAGAUAACAGCAUUCAGAUGAAGAAGGACCUUACUGUCUUCCUCUAUCACCUGCGGAUUGUGGCCGAGGUGGAAGUCGUAGAGAUGCACGACAGUGACAUCUCAGCUUACACUUACGAGCGAACACUAAUGAUGGAGCAGAGGUCACAGAUCCUGAAGGAAAUGCAGCUGACGAAGAACGAGAGGGAGCGUGAGGUAUGGGAUCAUAUCACCGACGAGUCGCGUGGCUCCAUUCGUCGUAAACAUCCAGAAGCCAAGCUGCGCCUGAGCUCCCAGGACGAACAGGAGGGAAGUGCUGAGGAGAAACCCGAGGAGGAGGUUCAGCUGAUUCUUGACAAAACGGCUUCCACUCAGUCAAUAGCCUCUCAGUCGCCUGCUGAUGAGGUGAGCACACCUGGAGAGAAAGUUCACAUGACCUGGACAAAAGACAAGUUAACAGGAGACAGAAAUAAAAACAAAGGACCUGUCACACCAGAAGAAAUCCGAGAUCUCUUCAGUAUGAAACCUGAGUGGGAGAAUCUAAAUCAAUCAAACGUCCGGCGGAUGCACACUGCCGUGAAGCUGAAUGAAGUCAUUGUGAAGAAGUCUCAAGAUGCAAAGCUGGUCCUCCUGAACAUGCCUGGACCUCCGAAAAAUCGGAAUGGAGAUGAAAACUACAUGGAGUUUCUGGAGGUGUUGACAGAAGGCCUGGAACGGGUGCUGUUGGUUCGUGGUGGGGGCCGCGAAGUCAUCACCAUUUACUCCUGAGCAUCAGCCGUGGCCAGCAUUCACACAAUGAGCCCAUCGCAGCUUUCUAUCAGUAACUCCCAGUCUCUUCUCGAUGUAUAAUAUUUGCCAUGCAGCUAAUGAAACUUCCUAUCCAAUUCCUGGUAAUGGUUUUUGUAAAAUGUUUCCUUUUGGAGGCAGGAUAGGAAAUAACACUGAAAAAACUAAGAAGGGGAAUGCUCACCUACACAGCUUCUUGUCUUAAAUUACUUUGUGCCCUUUCUCAGCUUUUGUUGUUCUCUAGGAACCUGUCAUUCAAGUUGCAAUAUUAGAAAGCUAGUAUUAGAAUACAUGGACACUGUAGAUGUGAGUAAUCAGUUCUAGGGUGUGUGGCUACACGUACAAAUUAGCAGCAUUCACAAGACUAGAGAAAACUUUCCAAUAAACAUCCUAUUUACAGUUUAACCUUUGGUACAUCAUGGAUGGAUUAUUCCACAGGUCCGCUGUCAGGCUGGGACUCUUCUACUUUACACUACAGUAUUAAGCCAGAAAUUGGUGUGCUUGCAUCUGUGAUGCAGCCUUGUCAGUCUCCAAACAUCCAGACCACAAAUGGUUGAAACACUGGCCCUUCAGCUGGUACUCAUCCAAUACAACGUUAAUCUAUUCAAGGUGGACUCAGUUUCCAAAGUGGGACGGGGAGGCAGAUGAAAAAAGAAACUAGAACUAUUUAUUUUUUAGAGGAUGUAAAAUAUAUAAGAUGUGGUAUAUUAGAUACAGAUAAAGUAAAAGUAAAGUAAAAUAAUAAAUAAAAUGGGAAAGAGAAGCUUGGGUUAGUUGAUGUAAAGUUAAAACUGCUUUAUUUCUUUUCAUUGCCAAUGUUUUUUUGGUUGUAUUGGACAACUACAAGUAUUACAGUUACUAAUGUUUCAGUAACUGUAAUACUUGUGCUUGCUUCAGCGAGACAAUAGUUCCCUCAAAGUCUAAGGAUUAAUUGGAUUUGUCAACUAGUGUGAAACUGCUCCAAUCCAUUAUUUGUUACAUGCACUGUUAGCUGAGGUGUGCAUUCUCCAAUCAUAAGUAUUCAUUAUACAUUAGAUUUUUGUAGACUGCAUUUCAAAAUGUCUAUAAAUAAAUUUAACAUCGUUUUUAUCACAUUUAGACCUCUUAAAGAAGUUGUGAUUAUUUUUUGGCUGGAGUGAAUUGAGGGAAAAUAAUUAUGAGCAAUAUAUUUUCGCAGAUAAGAAGCAUUUUUCACUGACCCUGAAUAAUAAAGGAUAUUCAGUUAUUGCAGAUUGUGUACAUACUAUAAAUAGCAAAUUACUGUAACCUGCGAGAAGGGCUGAUCUAUAUUACUCAAGGUGAUGUGUGCAUCUAGGGAACAUUAGCAGUCAUUUAAUACAAGGUUCACAAAUUGAAAAUCAUUAUUCGGAAACUGUGUUUACUAAUUAGAAACCCUGAAAUGUAAAUGAUUAAUAUGUAUCAUAGCAUAUUAUAAAAUAUUAGAUUUUUUUUCAUUUUUCAUUCCUUAACAUAUCAAACUGCAUGUGAUUUGGAGCUGAUAUCAAAUGUGCAACUAGAUAAACUGUAAGCAUUUUUCAAAAUCAUAUGACAACAUAUAACAUGAAAACAAUGGUUUUGGCAGCUCACUCAUAAGUAUUUGAAAGCUGUGUCUUGUGAGCAUUUCCCUUUGAUGAUAAUUUGUUACAUGUUGCAUUUCGACGUAUUGCUAUAACCGAAAUAAGCCGUAUUUAGUUUUUGACCAUUCAGUGCAUCUUAUUGGGGAAAUGCAAUCAGAAUAUAUCAAAUCUAAUCUAUUCAAACAGAAUGGGGAAAAUGAAGCGUUUAAUAGCAGAACAUUUUUGCAUAAGGUAAACUGACUCUGAAAUCAAUGAAAUGAACUUGUGAGAGCAAAUUAUCAAACUAAAAUUCUAGUCUAGACAGCUGUACAACCUUAGGUUUUAGAUCGAAGCAACUACCUGGAGUUAAAAUUCCAAAACAAUGUUUAACAUUCAAACAUUCACUUGUUUCAAGUAGAUCUGUAUUUUCAAGACUAUUUAUUUACUGAGGAUUAGGAUUCUGAUUGACAAUUUGAUGAUGAUGUGAACAUUUAGAGCUCCAAAGCAUCUUCUAGUUCUUAAUCUUUACCUUCACAAAAACUUCUUUUGCUGUUUAGUGAUUCUUUAUUUUAAGAAUCUUCUUUUUAAUGUUUUACCAGGGAAAUGGGUUUGCAAAAAAAGCAUUUAAAUAUUAAUUGUGGUACAAAGAAUUGAAGUAAUGACGGUAUGCAUUUUGCUGCCACAAGAUGUCACCAAAAUGCUUUAGUCACCAUUUCAAAUUCUUUCUCAAGUAUUAUUGUUUAUUAUUUUAACAGUUAAUUAAAACAAAUUUUGUCUUUAAAAUAUUAGAGCUCUUUGGUUUAUUUUGUAUAAUGACUAUUACCAGACAAUAUCUUUUUUGGAUUUCAUACAUUUUCCUGAUAAUCAUGUUGUCAUUAUUCAUUUUUCAAUCAAUCAUGAAAGUGUUUUGUUUUUAAGUCAAUGGAAGAUAUAAUGCAACCUCAUUAAAAUGCAAGUCCACUGUUAAACUCAUUAUAAUUGCUGAAAUAAUUAUCACUGGUUUCUUGCAAUGUGCUUUCGUAGGCAGUACAGUAGCAAUCCAUUGGCAUAUAGCUACAGUGGUGCAAGUCUGACCAAGAAUUACUCAGACCUGGUAACAUGCAUAACAACAGUGCAUGUAUGAAACCAUUACCAAAUGUCGUCCAAAAGCAUCAGAUGCAGGAGCUAAUGUCAAGUUGAUAUUAAAACAUUGAGAUAAAUCGUUCAAUAAUUUUACAGAAUUUCCAUUCAGCAGACUUAAGUAUUUAACCCCUUUCCUCCAUUAACCAUAAAUGCAAUACUGAGCAACCUGGACUGUCUCGCACCACCCAAAUUCAUAUAACGCACAAAAAAUUGUAAGUUGUUAAUUAAAGAGGACUCUUAGUAUCAUUCAAAUUAUAAGAAAACAGUGAAAAGCUUAUUAAUAAAACAUAACAAUUUCUAACAGUACUUACCAGUACUUCAUUGGCUAGUUUCUCUUGGAUGUCUUGAACAUUUCUUAAUGCAACUAUUGGUACUGCCCCUGGCUAUUUUCUAACAUUGUCUAUAGGAUUUUACCAGCCAAUACCUGAAAGUGCCUACAGCAAUCUACCAGACAGAUAUUAAAAGUACUAACAGGUACUUCAUUGAUCUUUUCUAAUCCUGUUUAGACAUUUUGCUAGCCUGUAACUAAGUUUGUGUACGCACUAAAUAGUUACUAACAGAAUAUAAAAGUAAUUUAUUGGCCAGUUUCUUACAAAGCUUAAAGAAAUUAUUUGUUAUUUUUAACCAUAGAUUAUAUAUUCACAGGAUAGAUUCUAUAAGUGAUCAUAGAUAUUUACCAUACAAUUUGUAAUAGUAUUUAUUAGCAUUUUACUAGUGAACAAAACCCACAACUGUUUACUUGAAGCAUUCUAUUUGUACCCACAGUUAUCUGCUUGUUAAUUUCUAACCAUUUCACAGAUAGUUAUUUAGUGGACUCUUUCCCUUAGUUCCAUAGGUAUAAUUUACUGGGCAGCUUCAAUAAGUACCUAGAGAAGUUUAUUUACUGGAUAAUUCUUAUUAACAUCUAUAGAUACUAAAAGAAAUAGUAAUCACAUACAUAUAUUUAUCAGACAGUUCCAAUAGGCACCUACAGGAGUUUAUUUAUUGAUGAGCUUUUAUUGAUUCCCAAAGGUAUUUAUCUACUGAUGACAUUCUCAUAGCACCGAGUGCUUAUUUUUCAGGCAGCUUCAAACUUUUCCAUAUACUUUCUACUAAAUCCACAGAUGUCUAUUUAUUGGACAGAUCCAUUACUAUCCAUGGCUAAUUAUUUACUACAGAGUUUCUAAUUGAACCUAAGGGUGUUUCUUUGACUGAACCAUUUCAAUUAGUAAUCAUGGGUAUGUAUUUACUGGACAAUUAUAAUUUGGGUGUCUUGGGUGUUUACUUGACUUUUUCUCAAGAUGCCUCCACCUGAUGAUUUCUAUCAGUGCUUUUAGGCUCUCUGUGCUUCCAGUGUCUUUCCUGGAUAAGAUUACUCAGUGUUAUAAGAAUUCUACAUUUCAUAAAUGCAUCCUUAUUCAAUUAGUUUGUUUAUAGGUGAUCAUUCCAAUGUUUGUAUGAUUUGUAACCCUUUGUUGAACUGAUCAUUGACCAAAUGGCACAGAUUUAUAAAAUAAGCCAAAGAGGAAGACUCUAAAAUCAGACACUUCACACAGUUAUGCAGACACAACACACCUUCCAAUGUGGAUGUUCAGACACUUAUUAAAAGAACAACAGAAAGAAUGAAGAUAUUUGAUACUAGGCUGUUGUUUGCAGACCAAUUUGUUCUACUUAUUUAAUUAAUCCAUCUAAAAUCCUAUUAUCUGUUGCUGCAAUGUGAUCUAGUGCAUGCGCCUUUGGUUUUGCAACUCAAUUACUGUCAUAGGUCACUGGGAUAUCAGCCACUGAAUGGUCAUUGCCAGAUUUUACCAGAAAAUGUACCUAAAUUUAUAUUUCAAAUACAAUUUUCAUAUAUGUUAUAUAUAGAAAGAGUAAGAUUGUUGUAGAGUUGUGUUUGAAGUAUAUAUUUCUGCCUUCUUUAAUCAAUCAUGUGUUAGGUGUGGUUACAGUAUCUAUGUCUUUUUAUCUCUUUAUCAUCGUUUCAGUUAAAAGGAUGACUUGGGAUAUUUCAUUCUGUAGCAAGAAGGCAGGUUUCAGCCAUCUGUGUGUUUUUGGUAGAAGGGGAAUAAAAAUGAGAUGCUAGCAGUGGGGUUUCUACUUGUACCACUACUGCCAGUGACUCUUCUGUUUGAUUUCAUAAUAUUGAUUCUCUCAAAUGAUGCUAUUGGGUUGCAAUUUUAACUGAAUGCAAAAAAAGUAAUAUGCAAAGUACCAAUCUGCUUGCUCUAAAUUUCACUUUUAUAGAAGUGUUGGUGCACCAUUUAAAAGUAAAAUCUAUUUUUGAUUCAGUAGUUUACAUGUUAAUGAAUGCCAAGAUAACUUUACACUGGCUUAUUAUCACAUCCUUUGCUGAAAUACAAUAGACAUAUCCUUCUGUGAAUGAUCAGGGCAAGCUUAAAUCUAUUCCCCACCUCUGCACAGACGAAGUUGACUAUGGUUUCAUGUACGUACAUUGAAUAUGCAACUGCACUGAAUAUCAGUUCCAAGGUGAACUUAGUCUGUGAAACCAAUGUAAUGAGUUGUAUGAAAGGAAGUGUUGACCAAAAUGCUAUGAUGUAGAAUGAUUGAGGAAUAAAAAACAUUGUCACCUACUUUAGGUUCAAUUGUCAAUAAUUUUUUUUUCCAAAAAAUUACAAUUUGGUAUUUACAUCACCUCUAUUUAAAAUUACCUGAAAAUUUUACAUAUUGCAGUAUUUCCAUAUUUUAUCCCCUACUUGACAUUAUAAUAUAUUCAUAAUUGCUCAGCUUAAAGUAAAUGGUUAAUAGAAGUACCCUACUGAGUAGGGAAAACAAAUUUCUGCCUUGUAAAGGCCUCCCAAGGAGCUUAACGGACCAAAAAUAUUUUGUCAUUUCCUACUUCUGAGCAACUACUUUUAGACAGCAAUUUUCUGGUGAAAUGACUGUUUUGCAUAUAAUGGAACCGUGUUGGAACAUCUACAAAUAAGAGACAAAAAUUACACACAAAAAUGAAUAUGCCAAAACUAAAUCUACAUUUCUUGUGUAUACUUAACAUUAAAAAAAAUCGCAUUGCUAAUUAAUGUUAUAAGUAAUUGUAACUAAUCCAUAUCUGAAGUUGAUAAAAUAAGACUAGUUGUUGCUGGAGGAAAUGGUUUCCUGUAACAGAUCUAAUUACUAUCAGUUACCAUGUGUCAUGGUAGGUCUAAUAUUAAUCAACUUUCUUUUGGAAAACAUUUCAUAUAAUGUAAAUAACAAACGACAAUAGUCCUUUAGACUCAACAGUUAAGUUUGUACCUGCCUUCAGAUCAUUAAAUAGUUCUAGUAUACAUUCAGGGCUGUUAGUUUCUAGGCACUAGCAACUGCAGGAAAGCUAAAGACCAAUUAAUACAAAAAGCUAUAGUAAUUAAAUACAGAUAUUAAGGACCAAAUAUUCUCUGGAAUUAAGCAUAUAUCAGCUUUCAAGACACUGUCUCCUUAAAACACCACACUCUGCAUUCCAUACAUCUAUGGCCCUUCAAAUAAUUCUUUAGAUCAUUUCUCUCUAAACAUUCCUUACUCUAAAACAUGAUUGAAAGGGCAAACACUUGGUUAAAAGGUAAUCAGUUCCAUUAAGUAGAAACUGUAGUUAAGACAGGAUUUUAAAAAUAUAACGUUCUCUCAUUAUAGUAGAAGAAUCAGAUUUAUUGAUCUAUACAAAGAUACAGUUAAAUAUUAAGGAACUAAGCAUAUAUUGAUGAUUAUGAUUGUGCAUUUUUCCACUGUUCUUGAGUUUUUUUGCAUUAUAGAAUUAGUUUACAGAGUUUGGAUGCCUGUGUAUUGCCUGGUGUGUAUUCGUGUGCCGUGAUACAUCUUGUUGUCCAAAGUUUGAAUGCAUGCAAUUUGUAACUUGUAAGAAACCUACCAGAGACUAAGUGGAUGCACACAUUUUAAUAAAGGCUGUAAAAUAA